CGUGUCGCCCGGGCGCGCGCUGUGUUCAUUUAGCUUAGUUUUUACGUAUUUUUUAAUCGACUUUUACACUAGGACAUUGUAAUAAGUUUAAUAUAGAAGUCAGGGAGCAAGAGUGCAAGCCAAUUAAAGUAAUAAACUUGGAGUGCAGUGCAUAAUUGACGUCAAUUGCGUACGCGGAACGUGAAAUGUUGAUGUUUUAAAUUCUUACGAGUGCGUACGCUUUGCAACUAAAGUGUUGCCUAAUAAACCUUCUUUAUUUGUGUUUUGGCCAAGUUUAACGGGUAAUAAAGAAGUGUUAAUGUCUUCAGCUGAGCAUUAUAAAGUGUUUUAGGUUUACUGGCCAUAAAAAGUGGAGUUUUAGACAUUUGUUGGUGUAGGUACACCGUGAGCAUGAAAAUCGCUUUUGUGUAACUAUAACUUUUAAAACUUUGUCGGUGUACACUGCGGGCCAUGGAAAGUGUGAAGUGAAAUGACGGUAAUGUGUCGGACGUGACACGGUUGAGUGCCGGAUCCGUGGGUCAUGGGGAUCAUCAUCGGGACGUGCGUGCCGGACGCUGAGCCGGACGCGGCGGCGUACGGCGCGCAGCUCCGCCGGCCGCCGCGGAGGAUACUUUACGGAAUCAAAUGUCCAGUGUGCAGCAAAUUCGUGCUGCCAGAUGACAUCGAGUGCCACCUCGUCAUGUGUCUCACCAGGCCUCGCCUUUCCUAUAAUGAGGACGUGCUCUCCGACUCAAAGGGCGAGUGCGUGAUUUGUCUGGAGGAGCUGACCGCUGGUGACACCAUCGCGAGGCUGCCCUGCCUCUGCAUCUACCACAAGGGAUGUAUAGACCAAUGGUUCGAGGUGAACAGAUCGUGUCCGGAGCACCCCGGCGACUAGUCGCCGCCCGGCCGGACCCACAGUGCCAUGCGCUAGUCGCGAGUGAUACUUUUAUACAAUGAACAGACUGCGGCGAACGCCUUGUAAAUAUAUUAUGCUAGUGAGAUGUUUUACCAAUUAAAAAUAUAAAAAUUAAAAAAUAAACGGUCCGUCCAGAUCUGGCGAAUGCGCCGUGCGCGCCAUUUUGGAAAAGGAUCGCUAGAGCUAGUCGCACCAAGCUAAAUCUAGGCUUGGCACGAAUGCGUCGCGACAGGGUGUGUAUGUAUAGUUUGUAGCUUUUUAACAAUAGACAAAGGAUUAGCCGUCGGGGUCUAUUAGAAAGCUACAAACUAUACCCAACUACCUGUUAAUAGUCAUUUAGAAUAAAGGUCCUUUUGUCUAUUAUUUGACUUGUAAUCUAUUUUUCAGAGAGAUAUGUCUCGAUAAUCUGUUGGACCUUUAAGAUGGUUCUGACGACUUUUUACUAUGUGUCCAUUUCCGUGUUUUGCGGUAACCUUAACAAUUGCUUUGUAUUCUUAAGUAUGUACCUACGCUGUGAAGCGGAUUGGUCAAAAAGAACAACGAAACACUGUAUUUCUCUCGCUACUACUCAGUCUUUUCUAAUUAAUACAGUUAGAAAAAAACGGGUAGUCUAUCUCGCACGUGAGAUAGUGUCGCGGCGCGCACGUGCUAAGCUAGCGGCACGGAUUUUGCUGUGGAAGUGCAAUCGUAAUCGUCAAAUUCCUAUAAAAAUAUGACUGUUACAAUAACAUUUUCACUUCAAAAUUUGUGCAGAAUUAGUUUAGACGGAUUUUAACUGCUAGCGUGCAUUUCGUAUGUGUGUAAUCGGUUCGCGAAUGUCGCGCGAACGAAUUCGGCGGAUCUGGACUUACCCAAAGACAAUUAUAGUAAUGGGAAAUUCGCGGUGAAGUUUUAAUUUUAAAUGAGAAAAUGUAAAUUUUACAAAGUUACUCUUUAGUUGAAGGCAUUAUGAAAUUGAGUGAUAUAAUUGUUUUUAUUUUAUAUUGUAUGUAUAAGCGUUGGUGGUCUCUCGAGCUGUGAUUAGGUUUUAAUCUUUUGACCGUCCUGGUUUAUAGUGAGUGCAUUUGGUGUCGAUAUGACGUCAUUGGGUAAAUUUUAGAUUCGCUAUUAAACUAAGUUUAAUCUUUUGGACGCCAAUGAUCACCGAUAUAUCCGCACCGUAUCCAAUGCCAAAGACCGAUUAAUCCGUCACAGACCACAGAGCAACACAGACCUACGACCUACAACAAAUGAAUCGCUUUGAUUUAACCAAUGACGUCUAAGUAAAAAGUCUAACUUUCAGGCUUGGUUUUGUAAAAAUACCUACUUAGGUAUUAUACUUUGUUUAGUAGUUAUGAUCAUAAAACAUAAUGUAUAAUAUUUUAUAAUUGCUUGGAUACAAAGGUAUGUUACUCCUUAUUUCAAUCUUGUCAAAAAUGUACUGUAUAUUCGUUGAUGUGAAAAAGGUUUAAAAAAUCUUUUCAAAAACAGCUCCAAGCCUAAUAAUAUUUAUAAAACCGACCCUAGAAUGCUUAGAAUCAUAAAUUAGGACGGUUAAAAGUUUCACAAUUGUAACUUAGCUCCCUUAACACCUAAUUUUAAUAUAAUUCCUACGCCUUAGUUAAUAUUAUAAUACAGAUGUAGUGCAUAAUUGUUUUCCAUCGUAUUUACUCGGAAACGUUCGUAUUUGUCAUGCUACUUCAGUCAACGUCAGUAUUUUUUGUGACGAGACUGUAUUCAAACAAUGAGAUACGUCAAAUACUAGAUAUUGAAACGAUAUGGAUCGGAUAUGUCAGUGUCAAACAAGUGUCAAAAGUGACGUUUUUGUUUGAAGAAAUACGGCUGUGACUGAAAUAGCAAGACACGUUCGUACGUUUCCGUGAAAAUACGAUGGAAAAUAAUUAUGCUCUACAUCUGUAACCUAUACAGUUUGAGAGACCAGAAUUUAGCUCUUACGCUAUAGUGACACCUCCACAUGGUUCGGUUCCGUGCAGGUGACAUAUCUGUUUCUUAAGCUUAUAUAUAAUAUAUGAUUUAAUUUUUCAUCUUGAUAAUAAAGUUGAUUUGUUUCUAAAUUUU